AUGCUUUGGAGGUUCAGGAUAAGAGACUAUAAUUUUCACCUUCUUAGUGGCACCUCAGUCAAGGUUCCAUUCAUGGCCAGCGAAGGGAAGCAUCUCAUUAGUGCUUUUGAUGGUUUCAAAGUAGUUGGUCUUCCUUAUGAGCAAGGUAACGAUGAUAAGCGUCAGUUCUCUAUGUACAUUUUCCUUCCUGAUGCUAAUGAUGGGCUGCCGGCUUUGGUCGAGCAUGUUACUUCUGAACCUAGGUUCCUGGAAUGCCAUCUUCCUUAUCAAAAAGUGGAAGUAGGUGACUUCAGGAUUCCAAAGUUUAAGAUUUCCUUUGGACUUAACAUUUAUGACGUGGUGAAGGAGAUGAGACUCGCUUUGCCUUUCUCUUUACGUAAUGCACAAUUUACAAAAAUGGUGGACUCUCUCACAGAUCAAGAAAACUUAUAUGUUUCUAACAUAAUACACAAGUCUUUCAUUGAAGUGGAUGAAGCAGGCACUAAAGCUGCAACAGUCACUAGUAUGAUGUUUUUCGGUGGAGGGCCUCCUACAUAUUCAAAGGUGAUAGAUUUUGUAGCUGACCACUCUUUUCUCUUCGUGAUUAGAGAAGAUUCGACUGGAACGGUCCUCUUUAUUGGACAAACGCUUCAUCCUCUUUAUGACAAAUGA